AUGUACGGGUGUCUCACCCAAGUUCAACAUCGUCUUCCACUUUUCUCUCCACCAUCUGCCAUGGACGAGCCCGUCGACGUGUCGUACUAUUUAGGCGGCGCCUCUGCCGAAUCGCUUUCCCUGCUCGACGUUGCAAUUGGAAACGGCGAAAUCGUCUCCAUCGACGAGUUGCCCGAGGACGCACACGAGCUCAUUGGUUUUUUGCAAGCAGAAAAAUGUGAAGUCAAGUACUGGGUCAUGGUGGCUCAGGCAUAUGCCCAGGAGGGCAAGGCGGGCGACGCACAGAAGAUUGUGCAAGCGGCCUUGGACCAGGCCCACUUUCUGGACUCCGACAGAGAUCUUGUGCGGAGUGUCUUGGGAUGGGUGUAUUUGGCCCUUGCAAGCGAAGGCACGGACAAAAGCGACAACUUGGCUCGGGCUGCGGCCGAAUUUGCCAAUUUGGACGACAGCUCGCCGCAGGUGUUGCUGGCGCGGGCCGUGAUGCACUUGCACGAAGACCACGCCGACCAGGCUCUUCAGGCGUUUGAUAAGCUCUUGAAAGCGGACCCGGCCAACUGUUUUGCGUUGAUGGGCAAGGCGCAAAUCACCUUGAGCAAGACGCAGAACUACACCAGCGCGCUCAAGCUCUACCAGCAGGUUUUGGUGUUGGAUCCGUUGAUGAAGCCAGACCCAAGACUAGGCAUUGGGCUUUGCUUCUGGUUCUUGAAAGACAGACCCAUGGCGCUCAGCGCAUGGGAAAGGGCGUUGCAGCUCGACCCAAAGAGCUUCAAGGCCAAGUUGUUGUUGAACUUGGCGUCCUUCGACAACGUCUUCACCAACUCUUUAUCCGACGAGCAGUUUCUCGAAGGCUACAAGCGUUCCUUGACGGAAUUGACGCAUCUCCAGCUUGAAAAGACGAACGACAGCGUGAUUUUGUUAGCCCUCGCUUCCUUCUAUUUCUCCAAAGGAAAACACGACUUGGUGGAGAAAAUCGUGGGCAAGGUCGUUUCGGCGUUUUCUGCGGACGACAAACCUUCUCGCAAAUUGUCUUCCUUCGCCACAAAAGUGCUUUCUCAAGCAUCCUUUUGGCUCGGCCGUGUGGCGUAUGCCAAAGAGGAUUUCACCCAGUCGCAAAAGUAUUUCCACGAGGCCAUCAGAUUGAACGAAAACAAUCUUCUCGCCAAGCUCGGUUUGGGCCAGUCUCAGCUCAGUAGGGGCUCCAUUGAAGAGUCCUUGAUCACGUUUGAGUCUAUUUUGAAAACAAACCCAAAGUGUUUGGAAGUCAACUACUGCCUUGGUGUCCUUUAUGCCCAGCAAUCCUCUAAGACAAAACAGGAACAGGCCAUUCAUAUGCUAGAGAGAUAUAUCAGAUUGUCUAACAACCGUGGUUUGGCAGUGGAAAACAAAAACGAGGCUGAGGCCCUUUUGAACAAAGAGCCUGUGGCCUUGAAUGCUUACUUGACUUUGAGCAAAUUAUAUGAGCCAAAAGAUCUCAGCCAGUCAUUGGUCUACCUACACAAGGCCAUCGAAUCAAGAAAACAAACUGGACGUGAUGUUCCGUUGGAAGUUUACAAUAACAUUGGUGUGUUCAACUUUUCGAAAAACAGCGUCGAUGUUGCCAUUGAGAACUUUGAGCUUGCGUUGAAAAAAUUGGAUGAUUUGAAGGAUGCAGAAUUGCAAAAGGACUUGAAGGUGACAAUCUCGUACAAUUUGGCUCGCUCGCACGAGGUUUCAGACCAAAACAAGGCCAUUGAAAUGUACAACUCUUUGUUGCAAGAGUGCCCACACUAUUUUUCUGCCAAGCUCCGACUUCUAUUCUUGGAUGCUGUUUCAACAAACGAGACUCUGAAGGAAGAAAUUGAGAAAGAAAUCAAAGAGUUAUUGGCGCAAAACGCCUCAGACUUGGAAAUCAGAUCGUUCUACGGCUGGUUCAUCAAGACUUUUGGCAAAAAGAUUGGUUUGAAACCUGAUGCCGAUACUGUGCAUCAGAAAGAAACAUUGGUGGACUUUGAUUCGCAUGAUUGCUAUGCGUUAAUCUCUUUGGCCAACAUUUAUUGUGUUAUGGCCAAUGACUUGAAAAGUUCUAAAGACGAAGAGAAGAGGAAAAAAUACUUUGUCAGAGCCAUCGAAUUAUACACUAAAGUGUUAUCCAUUGACCCCAAGAAUGUUUUCGCUGCACAAGGUUUGGCCAUAGUGUACAUCGAAAACAAGGAGUACCACAAAGGAUUGGACAUUUUAAGAAAAAUCAGAGACUCGUUGAACGACAUCUCGGUAUACUUGAAUUUGGGUCACGUUCUUGUGGAAUUGAAACAGUACUCUAAAGCCAUUGAGAGUUAUGAAGUUGCUUUUGUCAGGUACACCGAUAGCCAGGAUGUGAAGAUCAUGGGAUUUUUGGGUCGUUCGUGGUACUUGAGGGGAAUUGCGGAGAAGAACUUGUCGUACUUGAAAAAAGCAUUGGAAUAUUCUGAAGAAGCUUUAAACAAGCACAGUGGUCGCAACGGAUCAUUGGUUUUCAACGUCGCUUUCAUCCAGUUCCAGAUUGCCGAGUUUGUCAGCAAGUUGCCUGUUGAACAGAGAACUGUGGAAGACAUUAACGAAGCAAUUAUCAACUUGAACGAGGCCAUUCAACUGUUGAACAAGUUGGCUUCAGACGACGAAAAGCACCCACCAUUCCCUAAAGAGGAUUUGAAGGCCAGAGCCAACUUGGGAACAAACACAUUGCUCAACAGAUUGAAUGUGUGCUUGGAAGAGACGAAGGAGAAUAUCGCACAAUUAAACAACAAGCUUGAAGAGGCUAAGAGAUUGAGAGAAGAGGAAGAAGCGAGAAAGGCGCAAGAGCUCGAAUCUGUUCUUGCCGAGAAGAGAACUAAAGAGGAGGAGUUGGCUAAAGAAAGAGCACGUUUGCAAGAACAAGCGCAGCAAUGGGCUGAAGAAGCGAGGGCAAACAACAUAGUUGCCGACGACUCUGAUGACGAUAAAGCGUUUUCUGAAGAAGGAGGUAAGAAGAAGGGAAAGAAACAAGCCAAUGGGAAGAAGAAGGGCGGCAAGAGAAAGAAGAAGGAUUUUAUCAACGAUAGUGACGAAGAAGAAGAAGCUCAACUUACUGGAGGAGAGGACAAUGCUGAGGAGCCACCUUUGGGUUCGGAUGCAGAGGAGGAAAAGCCAAAGGCCACCAAGAGAAAGAGAAGAGCCAUUGAAGAUGAUGAUGAGGAGAAGGAAGAAGAGGAGGCCAACGGAAAUAAGAAAAAGAAGGCUUUCAAGUCGGAAGAAAUGGUGGAGGAUAGUUCAGAUGGUGAUGAUGAUGGUCUCUUCUAG